AUGGCAUCCAUUUCGGCGUCCAAUGCGGUCGCGAAAGAGCGUCUUUCGUUUGCAAAGAUCGCUGCRGGUUCCCAACCCUCCCAACUCCCCGCGAAGCACAAGAAGCUCGUGCAGCUUGCGGGCGACCCUUCGGCACCCGAAAGCCCGCUCGCAUACACGCCGGGCGUCUCGGACGACAAUAACACAACUUUGUCAUCGUCCAGCGACUCGAACAAGCCGCCAAGUAUCGCAUCUGGUACGACGUUCGCGCUUGAUGAAAAGGACUCUCUCCGUCCAGAUGACAGUGCCAGUGUCAAGGCGGGCGAGGAUGAAGAGCUCUCGGGGUCGCGCAUGGGCUCGGACGUUGGCGUCAGCGCUUUCCGCAAUCAACUGCAGGAAAUCUCAUCCAUGGAGCCGCCGAGGCGUGGUGUGCCCCAGCAGCCAUUCACAAACGCGCCAAAAGGCGUGCUGUACGUUCCUCCACAAGGUCCAGGGAUAGGAGCAGUUCCCAACGCGUCGCGCAAUUCAUCGGGAGGUAGUCCAGAUGUGGACUGUCCGCCUGACCGGAAGCUCCUCGAAGCCCUGGAAGAACCGAGAGAUCGGGUCUGGGUCUUGAAGCUGGAGCAAGAUGUCAUCGAUUUCGUAAAGGACGCAAAGGAGGCAUCCCUUACUCUCCCGCAGUGCCAUGCUUUCUACCGACUUCUAGCCCAUAAGAUGGCCGACUACUACAUGUUGGGUCAUCUUGUUGAUGAUUCUACCUCUGCUGUGCGCCUCUACAAGACCCCUAAUUGCCGCAUUCCGCCUCCGUUGACUGGAAUCACCGCUCCUUCUACCGCCGCUAGUACGCCACCUCCGCCAGCUCCCAAGAUGACCAUCUUGCAGCRGGGAGCUGGUCCGGCCAUUGCGAACGGAUCUAACGGGUUUCCAAACUCCGAAAACGAUAGCGAUGACGACAAGAAGAACAAGGCUCCCGUUACGCGCGAGCAGAGAGAAGCACAAUACGAGGCCGCGAGACUUCGCAUCAUGGGAUCAGCCAAGCCUGGCGAAUUCUCCGAAGCGCAUAAGGAUCAGCAAGAAUCGCGCUCCAGUUCAACCGCUGGCAAAAAGCACAAGAAGAAGCCUCGCGCUGAUAGUGAUGAUGGCUUCGAGGCGCGUUCUGCAUACAGCAACUUUUACACAACUUCGUUUGGCUCAGACGGACUUCCAGCUGCCCAGUACGGCUACCCAGAGUACUCCGACCCCGUUGCUGCGCAAUAUGCAUCCAGUGUGUAUCCUCAGCAGGGCUACCCCGGCGGUCAACCACACCAGAUGCAAGGACAAGGCGGCAACCCAUGGGCUCAACAUGCCUUCCAGACCAUGGAUCCCACGCAGGCUUGGGCGCAAGGACAGUCUGGUGCUUACGACCUAUCAAACGACUUCCAGCGCAUGUCCUUCCAGAAUCAAGUCCCGGCACAGGGGCAGAGCUCCAAUUUCGCACCCAACUACGCACAACAAUACUACGGACCUCAGCAAGGAUGGCCUCAGCAGACAUCGUCUCAGCCACAUCAGCAAUCCCAGCAUCACCAGCCCCAACAGCAAUACCAAAUGCAAGGUCAAAUGCCAACACCAUACGCAUAUGGACCGCAUUAUGUGCCGCCCUCUGGACAAACACAGGAUCCGCACCAGUCUUAUCCAUUCGGUCAAUUGYCCAGCCAGACAUUCCCAGGCCGACCUUCGAGUCAUGCAGAACACCCGCUGCCUGGCAGCUACAAGAGUAAGCACUUCAACCCGCAAAGCCAGAGCUUCAUUCCUUCGCAAUCAGAUGGGCGACCCUUUACCCCACAAGGCUCUACUCCGAAUGGUAAUGGCUUCGGGAAUCUCAACGGCACGAGCCAACAGCUCCAACGCCAGAGUUCCAGCAGCCACUCCCAGCAUAGCUCCACAUUCGGUUCACCUCACCACCACAAUCCCACACACGCUGCCACGAUGCAGAACCGCGCGCCAACUCAGCAGCUGACGCAUCCACUUCCACAAGGUCCGGUCUACCCACGGCAACCGUCGCCUAGCGUGCCGCUACCUCCAAAGCCUGCCACAGCUGGAGGAGCAGGAGGUAGUCAGCAACAGCCAUUCGUCAUCUCUUCUUCACCUCAAUUGCAUGGUAUGCAGAGUCAGAACCAGAGUCUGCUGGCAAAAUGGGGCGCGCCCUCAUCCUUGCCUGCCAAGCCGCCUCCUUCUAACGAGCCUUUUGACGCUUCGCGACUGACGCAGAUUCAGCGGCAGCCUUUCAAUGCGGCAGCCGUGGCGAGACAGCCUGGUGGUGGUGUGUAUUCUGGGUUCGGACCGGGGACGGUACGACGGAAUGAAUAA